CCAACAUGCCACUAGUACCUCCCCAUUGGUCGACGUGUCGCACUCAUUGAUGUUGAUAUCGUCUAUGGAUGAUCAUAAAAGAGCGUCACUUCUUCUGCCUACUUGCAGCUCUAGCUAGCUAGUUGAGUUUUUUAGAAGCUCGUAACUUGGUGCCACCAGCAAGCUUGGCCAUGACGGAUGUUACCGAAUGUUAUCUACCCCAAAUUGCAGCUCUUUCAAGCAUGUUGGCUAGUGGGUUAAUCAUUGCUGAGGUGCUGCAGGAUGGCCAACAGAGAGGUGCUGUAUCUCGAGUCUUGCUGUCUAUGAGCGCUGGGGAUAUCCUCUUUUCAUUAGGCUGGUUCUUGGCUUCUUGGGCACAGCAUUUGAGCUGGAGCUGUGUCUUUCAGGGCUUCAUAAUUCAACUGGGAUACAUGGCAUCAUUGCUCUCUAAUGCCUCUCUGGCAAUGGUCUAUCUUCUCAUGAUCCAAUACAAUUGGCCUCAAGGCAGGAUUCAAACCAAAAUUCCAAGAAUGAUGCUCUACUUGUGGAGUUUCUGCCUGGUCACAGCCCUGGUUCCCUUGGCCUUGGAUAUGUACCGAUUCACCAGCCCAGUUUGUUGGAUUGGGUCCCCAAAAUCACAGGACACCACAUUUAUCAUUGCCUCCCUUCAGGUGAUACCCAUUUGGUCAUGCAUCUUUCUGGAUUCUGUGACAAUGCUGCUCAUUUUUCGAAAGGCAAGACUGCUUGAAGCCCAAGUGGAUAAUGUUGAUCAAUACCAAGAAAGUCUCGAUUCACACACAAGAACAACAGAAGAUGAUUCAGUACAAAUCGAUUUACUAUCUCUCCCUGAUGUGAAUGCGAGCCUUUUAAGAGGAAGUGAGGGGUUGGGGGACAGGGAGAGCCAUCAUGGAGUGUUUAGCUUUGUAGAAUUCAUGCUAUUUGAACCAGUUCCUAUGGUAUUCCCCUACCAAGAUGAAGCUGGUGGAUAUGGGAUGAAUAUUGAUGGAAGCAUGUUGAUCUCCAGUGCCGUAUCCAACACUUCAAGAGCCCAUGAUCCCCGAGAAGAUCAGGUUGAUCCUGUUGAAGACUAUAUGAUUCCACAAGAAGAGCAAGUGACAGGACAGCCAGAGGAACAGAACCCAGAAACAGCCAUCACUAGAGAACCGCUACAAGAUGGAAGUGUGGCAUCCAACGAACGUGCCAACAACAACGGUUACAUUGAACCAUUGACUAAUAUUGGCAGCAACUCCACUUCUGAGCGCUCUGCUGAUUCUACCCCCAAUAUGCCUCGGUCACACAAGCGAUCCCAACUUAUUGCCCAACAAGGCAUGUGGUACAUUGCUGGAUUUUUUAUGACAUAUGGAUUUGCCACAAUUUCCGUCCUUGUGUUCGCUAUUGCGAGCAAGUGGAAUCCCCCACUGGAUCGUACCAGCUAUUUCUUUUUGGCCGGUCAGGCUGUGUUUAACUUUUUGGUCUUCAGUCGUGGGCGCCAACAAAUGAAGACAAGGAUGGGGGCUAAACUGAAGAGUUGGAUAUGGAAUGGUGCAGCACAUUGCCGUACUGUUUUCUGCCUCUUGAAGCAACGUCGUUGUCUCCCAUUAUCGGACGAACUGCACCAAUCUGCCAUGGAUACCACCUCAACAGUAACAGUUCUGCAACACAACAAUGGGAUCAAGCAUGGCCCGGGAAACAUCAACGAACAACAAUGUCAAUGCAAUGCGGAGCAACAACGAACAACAACAACAACCACACAAGUUUUCACAAAUGGCCCCCAUUGAGGAAUUGCUGGAACGGCUGCAGUCAUGUAGCAAUGAUUCCAUUUGCUUUUGUAUUCACAGUUCCAAGACAGGACGAAUCAUUAGUAAGUCUGUAUCAGAACUGAGUCAUCGGCAAUGUCCAGGAAUGGCGACGAGGAUGAAUCCAGAGACAAUGGUGGUACCGCUACCCGCUUGGGCAGUCCGCGUUCCAAGCCUCUAAGUGCCUCCCUGCAAACCGGCGUGCAUGGCAAGUGGACCCCAGCUGGUUCUCUUUGCCAGCGAAAUCUCUGAAUUGGAAGAAGCUCCCAAAGAGGAGUCGCCCCCUACCGAACGAAACCAACCAGGCUCGUUAUAGUGAAGUCCGGGGAAGUAUCUGUGGAUGAGGCGUAGAGCACGGUAGCAGAGUAGCACUUUUGAAACAGUGUAAACUGCUCAAUUUCCAAUAGAGACUAGCUAGCUAGCGUUUGCUCAUCGCGUAUGUAUCCUCAUCGUCUGUUUGUGGUCGCAUUUGGGCUCCUCGCAGCAUCCAUCGUCCUGCACUAUCCACUUUGAAAGGGUCUAAUGUCUAAUAAGGAAACGACAAAAGAACUGAUUAAAGCAAAAUUUUAGCCAAAAAGUCGAGCCCGUCCAAGCUGUUGGUGACAGGCAGAUG